AUGGUGUGCGGGUCUGUUCUCCGCCGUGCCGCGGCGGCAGCAACAACAACUCGAACAGGCCUCCUCGCGCCAGGGCGGCGCUGCUGCUGGGACGGCGUGCGUCAUUACCACCAGCAGACGGCAUGCCUGCUGCGGCCGCGCAAGCUCUCGCAGGCGAAGCAGACGCCGCUCUACCCCGGCAUGUAUCGCCGCGUGAAGAAGUUUGAGGGCGAGCACACGUACGACUACGGCCGGCACACCUUCACAAUUCUGCGCGAGGGCUCAACCUUCGCCAUCUUGCCGCUCGGCUGCAUCCUCGCAUACGCCGCAACUUAUCUCGCGCCCUUCGCAGCCUUGCCGUUCGGACUACAGGCGUCGUACUUAGUGGUGCUGCUAGGCAUCUCGCGGCUGUCGGCGCGUGGCCGGCGUAACCGCGAGCGCAGGGACCUUACCGGCCGCCACGUCGUCGUCACGGGCGGCACGAGCGGCAUUGGGCGCGAGACGGCGGCGCAGCUGGCCGCGAUGGGCGCCGACGUAACGGUGUUGUCGCGCAAUGGGCCGCAUGUUGAUGCGGCGAUGGCGUACAUUAGACGCUUUGCGCGGGGCGAGGCACAGCAGGUGCGCUUCACCGCACUAGACCUCGCGGACUUCAUCGCCGUGCGUGACUACUGCAAGCGCGCACGGCAGCAAAAGAUGUCGGUGGACAUUCUCGUGAACAACGCGGGGCUGAUGCACCAGCAGCAGGUGUUUUCCCGCUUCGGCGAUGACGAGCAGCUAGCCGUCAACCUCCUCGGUCCAUUCUUGCUAACCGAGGGGCUGCUGCCACUCGUGACGGUGAGUGGCGGNGUUGCGUGCUCUGCGCAUGUCGCGGUGAAGGGGAACAUCGUGUCGACGUACCUCUCUGGGCGCGGUCUGUGGUCGCCGCGGGUGCGCGACAAGUUCGACGGACUCGAGCAGUACGGCUUCACGAAACUCGGCUGCAUCUAUCACGCGCAGGACUUGGCGGUCCGCUCCUAUAGCGACGCGUCCAGUGUGGUGCCUCACGUCAUAACGACAACCACCCCCACUACCACCCAUGGGCGCAUCGCGAUACAGACAAGCAGUAAUGCCAGCAGCAGAGGCGAUGAAAAUAAUGCCAAUGGCGAUGGUGCUGCGCCGCAGUACACCACCUGUGUCGCGGUUCCCGGGGGCGUGGUGACAAGUUUGUACCGUCACGUCCCACUUGCUGCUACAUUUCGCUGGGGGCGCUAUGUUUAUUUACUGUUCAUGCGCUCUGCGCGUGAAGGGAGCCAAGUUGUAGUGAACUGCUGUGUGCGGGAGGAGCUGGUGAACGGUGGCUACUACCAGAACUGCCGCUAUAGCCCCAGUGGGCUCUCCGCCGCCGCCUGCAGCGUGGGGGAGCGGAAGAGUGUGCUGGCGUGGGUGCGGCGCAAGAUGCAGCCCUACAUGCGCUGGGAGAACUAG